UGGGGGGAAGCGGAUUUAAAAAAAAAGAGGAUCUCCCUUCCUCACGUCUCGCCUCCUCAUCCCCUUCUCCCUCUGUCACUGCUGAGCUUGGGAAAGGACCACCAACCCCCUCACAUCCCGAUUUAUCGAACGGGCUGGGUUUCUUUUAAUUUAUGGAGAGGAAAAUGUCUGAUUUCACGCUACAUUCGGUUUUGGGAAUGUGGAGAUGGAGAGAGGGUUGCUAAGCGACUGCAUCACGUCAUUAGAUGCACUGAGCCCUACAGGGGCAGACAGAGACAGCAAGAGAGAGAGAGAGAGAGGAAAUAAUUAGGAAAACAGUUUAAUUUGACUGUGGACAGAUAAAACUCCAGUUCCUCUGCCGCCUACACUAGGUGUAGAUUUGGCAAAUUCUGGGGCGGGGUGGAGCAGCGGCGACAGACAGCAUUCCUUUCAGAGAACAAGGCCUCCACCCUAGGAAUAAUUUUUCCUAAAAAAAAAUCUGGGAGUAUGAGAAGGAGGACAAAAGAAAAUAGCAUUGUAUUUGUUCUUCCAGCAGUUUUGUCGAUUUUAUGGGAGUGGUUCAUGAGUGAAGGCGAUUAUAAGGGGAGAGCCCCUCAUCCCACUUCAGAAGAAAGGGAAUCCUCGGGGAGCUAGGCUCCUCUCGGUUGCUCGGGAGACAAAGAAGAAGGAGGAGAGAGAGAGAGAGAACGUGGAGGGGGACAAAGAAGGAAGACUGUACAGAGGCCAGGAUUAUGUAUGUGAGCUCCUUACUUUUGUUGCUUGUGGCUCGAGGACUAGCAAGGAGCUGUCCAGCCCCUUGUACCUGUUGGAAUAAGGUGUCGGACUGCAGUGAUAAGGAAUUGGUCACGCCUCCUUUUGGGUUGCCCUUGUACAUGACCAAUCUCAGUCUGGCUCACAACAAAGUUCUCUCCCUGCCCCUGGGCUACUUCUCCUGCUACACCGAACUCAUGGUUCUCGAUCUUCGCAACAACUCUCUCACCGACCUGCCGGGUGGCCUGUUCCGGCCCUUGGUGAAGCUGGCCUACCUGGACCUGAGUUAUAAUAACCUGAGCCGGCUCACGCAGGAACUGCUGAGGCCAGCCCGCAACUUAGUGAGGCUUCUCCUGAGUCAUAACCCUGGCUUGUCAGUUAUCGCUCCCCGGGCGCUCUCCGGCUUGCCGCGCCUCCAGCACCUGGACCUCAGCUUCGACGGCCUCACUGGCAUCAGCCAGGACCUCCUGGAUGGUCUCCCGGCCACUGUUUCCAUCCGGUUGGCCGGUAACCCUUGGCUCUGCGGCUGCUCCAUGGAGCCACUCCUGAAAUGGGUGACCAGGAACCUCCAUCAGUGCAAUUCCGAUUCCAGGGACAUGGAGUGUGCUGGUCCCCCAGAGGUCAAAGGCAUUCCACUCUUCACCCUGACCGAAGAGAGUUUUAAGGCAUGCCAUUUCUCACUGACGCUGGAUGACUAUCUCUUCAUCGCCUUCGUUGGCUUCAUUGUGUCCAUUGCCUCGGUUGCCACAAACUUCCUCCUGGGGAUUACUGCCAACUGCUGCCAUCGCUGGAACAAGGCAAACGAAGAGGAAGAGAUGUGACACCUCUCUCCCCCAACUUUGGUGGGCAAACCAACCGCAAAGCUGCAAGGUUAGACCGGUAUUUUGGCUCCUCACAUUCAGCCCAUGUGAGGGAAGAGCAAAGGAGGAGAAAUGGGGACGAGAUCAAACGAAGACGAUGUGUCUUGUCAGGGGAAGAGCCUGGCAAUCAUGAAGAAACCCACUUUUCCUUUUAUAUUCUUGCUGUCUUCAGUACGGAGAAGGAACCGAGAAAGAUAUGGAUUUGACUCCACCAGCUGUGAUCCUCUGAGCAAGGCUAGUAAAGAAAACAGGUCAUUUUUGAGUGCUGUUGAACCUAAUGAUUUGGAGAGGCUGAGUUUGUGCUUACACUUGGAAAUUACUUCUAUGGGGGUCUUUGACAAUGUUGGAGAGGAUGAUCUUGGAGAAUUCAAGUUUCUUGGCAUUGUAGCCAUUGCAGCUGGACAGCUAAACCUUACUGUUUGUGCUGUUACUACAACUGAAGAUCAGAGUUGACUCCAAAUCAUUCAAUUGUAAUCAUCACCUCAGUUGUCAAGCAACGGAGGAUGCAGGUUGAAUCUACUCAUUUACUAAGUCAGUUUUAACCGAGAUUGCAAUGGUGGAAAAUGACUGAGACUUUGCAACUUUCAAAUUCAGACGAGAAGGAAGACUUUGAAAAGUUCACUCAUUUUUACAAUCCGCUGUGAGGAAAAUCUGAUUGAAGAUGAUCUGAUAAGUGAAGACCAGAACUCUACACACUGUUUGAAGAAUAAUAAAGCUUAAAAAAAAGUUCUUCAUUUGUCCCUAAUGCUGAGAGGGUGAGGAGAGACAGAGUUUAAUUCUGGCCUAAUUGGUAUCCAUCCAAUUGGCCUUUGGAAUUUCAACCGACGACCUGCUACAAGAAGCAAAGGUCUGUGAUUGCAAAUAGUUUGACAUAUUUCCCAGCUAGGGUGAGGAGCAAAUGUAAUUACCUCGAGUGAUUUAGCACAGAACCAGGCCAUUUGGCCCGGCAGACUAGUGCUGGUGUGUCAAGCCUCCUUCCAGCACAUACUCCAUCUCACUUUAGCAGAAUAACAGAUGGUGAGGAAAUAUACUGUGUUGUAUGGGAGGCUUUCAAAGGUAUGCACAUCUUGCACGUAGCUAACCGUGGGCGAUUCAGCGCUUGCUAUAAAUAUUUCUCAAGCAGUUCCAAACUGAAUUUGAACUCGUAAAGCUGACGGACGGAAGAGGCAAUUUGUCAAUGUCGUUAUCUUCAAAUUACGGUUUGGGGAACCUUGAUAAGCAAACACACGACAAUGUUAAGAGCAAUUUUAACAGGAUAUAUCUCGGUGUUGCAAACCGCGCAGGC